AUGAUGGGGCUGUAUGCCCUGCCCAGGGCUGCUCUCUCUGGUCAUCCAGAGCAGAAACUGUCGGAGCAGCCAAGCACCUGCCAGCUCAGGGCGACAGUGAUUGACGAGACGGUGUGUGCUGGCGGUCACGUCGCCAAGACCUUGGGGUACUUGGAGAUGGGCACCUCUGGCCUCCUCAAGGAUGUCCCCUAUGGCACCCUGAAGCCCCCAGUGCUCAACCCCGGGCGGCUGAUUCCAGCAGAGCCCUCCCGGGGCAUGGGGACACCGAUGGGCACCGGACGGAGCCCCUGGGACUGGCAGAAGAACCAGACAGCCGGGGAGCUGCUGAACCCUCGCGCCCACCGCAAGCCCACCCUCAAGUCAAGCCGCACCAAGAAGAUUUUUGGUUGGGGCGACUUCUACUUCAACAUCAAGACACUCAAGUUCAGCCUCCUGGUGACGGGGAAGAUUGUUGACCACAUCAACGGCACCUUCAGCGUCUACUUCCGACACAACUCCUCCAGCCUGGGCAACGUCUCCGUCAGCAUCGUGCCCCCCUCCAAGGCGGUGGGUUUUGAGGUGCUGGUGCCCGGCCCCCCACCACUGCCACAGCCACCGCCCCCUCCCCAGCAGAGCACCCUGCCUGAGGGGCGCCCGGCCAAGGCGCUCAAUUGCCACGUGGAAUAUGAGAAGACGAACCGGGCGCGGAAGAACAAACCGUGCCUGUACGACCCGUCCAAGGUGUGCUUCACGGAGCACACGCAGAGCCACGCGGCCUGGCUCUGUGCCAAGCCCUUCAAGGUCAUCUGCAUCUUCAUCUCCUUCCUCAGCAUCGACUACAAGCUGGUGCAGAAGGUCUGUCCCGACUACAACUUCCAGCACGACAACCCCUACUUCGGCUGA